CCAUCCACUCUCUCCCGCUGCCAGCAGUAGCUCACUCUCCGUCUCUGCGUGCGGUUCUUGUCCGCCUGCUUAAAAUGGACCAGGACUGGCAAGCUUUAGCCACACAGCGAGCCGAGUACGUGUCUGAGCGUAUACGCGGGCUGCUGUCCUCCGGCCUGGAUUUCCUCCGGGCCGAGCUGGGGCUUGAUCUGGGGAUAAAGCCGGAGCAGUAUCCGUCGUGGCUGAUUCUGAGCGCGGCGCUGAUCGGACUGACGGUGCUGCUGCUGAUCGCGGCCUGUGGACGGAGGAAGCGCCGAGCUGCGCCCGUUCCUGUGAGCCCCAGCACCGCCGUUGCCGAGACCCCGGUUAAGGCCGCCGUACCACCGAAGUCUGUGAAGACCGAGCCGAGCGAACCGAAAAAGAAGAACAAAAAGAAAGCAGCCGAGAAGCAGAAGGCCCAGGCCAAUGGACAGACAGUGGCUGGACCUCAGGAGGAAAUCAAAGUCAUUGAGGAGAAAAAGAAACUCCCUCCUGCACCAGCACCUGCACAGCCACCUGCUGAUACAAAGCCCAAGAAAAACAAGAAGAAACCAAAACCAGAGGUGAAGCCAACCCAAGAUGUUUCCUCCACCGAUGGCAAGGAACCUGAUGAAGCAGGUGCUUGGGAAACCAAGGUCAGUAAUCGAGAAAAACGUCAGCAGCGCAAAAAAGAGAAGGGCCCUGGUGACAGCUCUGGGAGCCCUGAGGUUGGAGAUCGUGCCAGUCAGAAGGUAGAGCAACCUGCAGUUACAGCCCCAGCUGGCACCAAAAAGAACAAGGAGUCAUCACGUGCCAAGGCCUCGAAGGGUGACACCAUUAUACCCUCAGUGUCGUCUAACUGGAAUGAUGUGAACUCUGUUAAUGGUGGAGGAUGGACAGAGGUUCCUGCGAAGUCAACCCAAACAAAUGCUUUAAACAACGAGAAGUUGUCUGCUGGGAGAAAGACCCCUGGGCACAAGAACCGUGAGAACGCCACCUGGAAACAAGAGUCCGAGGGUGGAGAGACUGGGACUAAAUCUAACUCUGAAAUCAGGCAAUGGGACAGUGGACCCACCUUUGACAGUCAGUGGUCCAAUAUAAAUGGUCCUGCCACCGUGGACCUGAGCUCAGACUGGAACCCUCCAAUUGAGAUGUGGGGCAAUUAUGAAGAGCACAAAGUAGAUCCCCCCGCUUUGAAAGAGAUGCCAGUUUCCAAGCCACUUGUGGAAUCAAAUGAUGACAAUGACAAGGUAGAUCCUGCAGGAGGUGGAAAAUCCAAAAGACGAAAGAAAAAGAAGAGACCGGAAGAAGAUGGUUCAGCUGAGGUGACUCAAGUAGGUUCUGCUCCUGCAGAGAAGACUGUCAAGCCUCAUCCUCCUCAUGUUCCAAAAGAAGAGGGAUCCAAGCAAAACAUCCCUCCACAGUCUUCACAAAAGAAAUCUGAUCAGAAUUGGGAACCACCGAAGCAAGUUCAGAAGAAAAAGGCCAGGAGAGAAACAUGAGCCGUGAAUAACAUCCAGGAUAGCUUAUGCAAAUAGAUUGUUUAUGCAAUAAUUUCACAGUACAGAAUUUUAUACUGAUUAAAUUUACUGUGCUUUUAAAAAGAAAGAAGUCCAAAAUAGAAACAAAACUGAGUUGGAAGAACUCGGCAAAAAAAAA